UGGAAUAUCUUCAGGAUAAAUAGCCAGUUUGUGCCCUCAAAAUAUUACCUUUCACUUGGAGAGAAAGAGUGAAGAGUUACGGAGAUCAUCAUCACUUCAUUCCAUACCACCAAAUUAAAACAAUUAAUCAAAGAUGGGAAGAGCUCCUUGCUGCGAGAAAAUGGGGUUGAAGAAGGGGCCAUGGACCCCUGAAGAAGAUCGAAUCUUAAUCUCCCAUAUCCAAAAACACGGUCAUGCAAAUUGGCGCGCGUUACCAAAGCAAGCCGGAUUGUUGAGAUGUGGAAAGAGUUGCAGACUCCGGUGGAUAAACUAUUUACGCCCGGAUAUUAAGAGAGGAAACUUCAGCGUUGAAGAAGAAGAAACUAUCAUUAAGUUGCAUGAAGCGUUAGGCAACAGGUGGUCAGCAAUCGCUGCGAGAUUACCAGGAAGGACGGACAAUGAGAUUAAGAAUGUGUGGCACACCCACUUGAAGAAGAAAUUGAGACAAAACCAAGAGGCAAAUUCGGAAACCAAACCACAACCUAAAAGGAAAGUCAAACGUGAACCCAACAUCACAACGGAAUCGGAAACAACUGGAACCGUUCCAAUGUCUCCGCAGCCGUCUUCCAGUGAAGUCUCAUCGAUCACAACUGGAGAAACAAAUCAGUAUAUGGAUGUGAAAGGUGAACCCAUCGAGUCAUUUGAGAAUUUUCCCGAAAUCGAUGAAAGUUUCUGGUCAGAAGCAUUAUCAUCAGCGGUUGAUGGGAACUCGAACUCCACUAAUGAAAUAAUACAACUUCAGUCUUCAUUUCCAAUGGUGGAACCAGGGUACAAUUGCAGUCCAAAAGUAGUUGAUGAUUGCAUGGACUUCUGGUACAACGUUUUUCUGACGACCGGUGAUGAAUCGACGUUAACACCAUUGUUCUAGUCACAAUUCAAGGAUCAGUUUGAGCAGUAUUCUUGUGGAGACAAAGAGACAAAGUACAAAAGUUAGAAUCAUAUUGACCAAGACGGUGAUAAAUCAAGUCUUGGUUAAAAGGAUACAAAUAGGAGAAUAACAGAGAGUGAAAGAUGACGUGCAAAAAGUUCUGUAUAGCAAAAGAUAACGAUUAAUUAAGGCUUGGGGAUCAAAUUAAACCUUUAAUCUUCAAGUUUUUAAUUAAGCUAUCUAUUUAGUCUUAGCUUCAGCUAAUUAACCUCUUGUAACUAAACAAGUUUGUGCCCCCUUUUGGGCUUUAAUAUCUCACACGAUGGCCAUGAUAAUGCAUUUAUUUAUUUA